AUGAACUGCAUGCGGCAGGCUGCCUUGUUGGUGCGUACGGAGGGUGGUAGCCGCAGCCUCGUAAUUGACCUGUAUACGGCCAUUGCUAUCAAGCGAGAGAUGACUGACCUCUGUGUUGUUGAAAAGAGUCAAGAGAAACUCACUAAUCUUAGGCACCACUACAUUAGUCUCCUAGGAGACUUCGGUCUCGACCUUAGUUGGGCCCUUGACCCUGAACUUGACCUUGCUCUGAACUUCAUCUUUACCUUCAACCUGACCCUGGUCGGGCCCUUGACCUUGAACUUGGCCAGACCUGUGGCCAGAGACUUCGGCUUGUUGGUUGCCGGGGCCAUGAUAAAGUAG